AACAAAAGAGGAGAGAGAGGGAGUGGAAAAGCCGGUACAUGGGGAAGAAAAGUGAAGAUGCUUAAAAUGAUACAGAAUGUUUAUUGGCUUUGAAUCCGUAAAAUUCAUACUGUUUUAAAUGGAACAACAUUAAUUGAACGAGAUUAUAAAUGACAUAACUCAAGGAUAAACAAGAUGCGAUCCAGGAAGAUUCUAUAUCGUCCCUACCCUUUGUUCGUGGCAUGUUUCAUCUUUUGUGGAAUUCUAGUUAUAUUCUACAUUCGAUUCGAGUAUUCCGAAGAUAAAACGUAUUCUCAUUUUUUUGCUGAUGAUACUGUGAGUUCAUUUUUAAUUGAUACUUCAGGUUGUCAAAUUCCUGCAUGGAACCCAUGGGACGAUUCUGUCCAAUCAAUAUUUAAGCGUGUUAUUACUCCCUACAAGUGUUCCGGACCUUUGUCUUUUUUAAGAGUUCUUCCAAAUAGCGUUAUAAGUUUAGAAGAAGCCCUGUUGGAAUAUUAUUACGAAGUAGACUUAAAAUCAGUGCAUUGUACUUUUCAAGAAAUACAAAGGAAUUCUACAGUUACUGAUAAAGACAUUGACAAUCGUGUUAAUUUAUCAAAAUCUCAUACUUUAGUGUGGGAUCAACCUUUAGGGAUUGAUUUCAUAAAAACAACGUGCCAUUUUGAUGAUAAUGAUAGAGUAUUUAGUGAAUUUCUUCCUUUAACUCCUUUGAAGAGUUCAGUUGAGAGACGUUGUUUGAAUCAUCAAUCAAAGCUAAAAGCUCAAAGGCCUGUGAAUGUUAUGUUUAUAGGAAUCGAUUCAAUUUCUCAUUUAAAUUUCAUACGCCAUUUUCCAAAAUGCCAAGAUUACCUAACAAAGUAUUUAUCUCCUAUAACGAUGAACGGUUAUAAUAAAGUAGGUGAUAACACUUUUCCAAAUUUAGUACCUUUAUUAACAGGGCAUUCUUAUCAAUUUUAUUAUGAUGAUGCUAGAAAAAAUCGCUUUUUUGACGAUGUAGACUUUUCUUGGAAAGCUUUUGCUGACCUUGGAUAUCGAACAUUACUUGCUGAAGAUGCUCCCGACAUUGCCACGUUUAACUAUUACCGAAACGGUUUUAAAAGUCCACCAACUGAUUAUUAUUAUAGACCUUUUGCUUUAGCUGUUGAAAAGUCUGAUAUAAGAGAAAAGCAGUGUUUUGGCAGUAAAAUGGAAAUGGAGGUAAUAUAUGACUAUUUAAAGAGCUUUUUGGGCACCAUGAAUAAUACCCGUCCAUUCUUUGCUUUUUCAUUUCUGGCACGCUUAACACACGAUGUUUUCAACUUUGCUGGGUAUGCCGAUGAGCCGACUUAUCAGUUAUUGAAACACUUAAAUGAAAAUAAUUUUCUAGAUAAUACAAUGCUAGUUUUUUUCAGCGAUCACGGAAUCCGUUAUGGGGACAUACGAAAAACUCGUAUUGGUCAAUACGAAGAACGAUUGCCGUUUAUGCAUUUAAUUAUGCCAAAAUGGUUUCUAAAGCAAAAUCCGACUAUUAACAAAAACUUAGUUAUCAACAGCGAGCGUUUGACUUCUCCUUAUGAUAUACAUUCUACUAUCCUUCAUUUAGCUAGCAUGAUGUCAAAGACUACUUUCUCUAUUUCAAAGCUUAGUCCUGGACUUAGCCUUUUUCAUGAAAUACCCGCCAAUAGAACAUGUUCAGAAGCUGGAAUUUCACCCCAUUGGUGCACUUGCCAAGUCUCAAAGCCUAUAUCUAAGAGCUAUGCAAUUGUAGAAAAAGCUGCUGAAACUGUGAUUGAUACCGUAAAUAACUGGACACGGGUAUAUGAAAAGUGUUCUACACUUGUACUGGAUGAAAUUUUUGAUGCGCGUGUAACAGAUGGAUCAAUGGACCAUGUAAACAUUAGCAUGUUAGAAACAAAGUCUCAACAAUUCAGUUACAAUUAUCUUCUAAUAGUGUCUGCUUCUCCUAGUCAGGCAAUGUUUGAAGCAACUGUUCGCUGUACUACAAUUAAUGCAAUUAGUCAAUGUAAAGUUAUUGAUGAUAUUAGUAGAAUCAAUGAAUAUGGUAAACAAUCGGAUUGUAUAUCAGACGUAGAAAUUAAAAAAUUCUGUUUUUGUCUCUAGUCAAUGGAAAUUAAGAAUUCGAUAAUUUGGCUUUCGAAUGAAAAAAAUUCUUUUUACCGAUCAAUUCCAAAUCUGCUGGAUCAAAUGAUAAUAGCCAACCAAAUAAUCAAAAUUAUUUUUGGAAAAAUUUUGUAUUCAUGCUUAGAUUUAAAUGUUUGAAAGUAAAUAAUGAAGUUUUCUACAAAGCUCAUAAUGUUUUGAAAAAAAUAAAUGCUAACUGAAUUGUAUUUUCUUGCAAAUUUAAACUAACUAAUUUAAAAAAUAAUGGGUGUAGAUAUAGAAUGUAGAUAUGUUUGGAAUUAAAACACAAUGCUGAAAAUAAAAGCGUUAAACAAGCGAGAUAAACGAAUAAGCAAGCAAAGGAAAAUAUAAAAUGUUUUAAGCAUUAUUAUUAAAUUUUACGUAAAAUCUUGACCAGCUUUUUAUACUGAUUACUGACUAAAUCUUUGAAAUGUUUGGCUUUGUCCAAGCAUUUAUUGUAUAGCAGAAAUGUUUUUCCUUUUAAAUCAUAAUCAUAUUCAGCAUAAAAAGUAUUUAAAAUUUGAUAAAUUGUUAGCAAAUUAUUAUAAUUUUUUUUAUUAUUGUCUUUAUAAGAGACGUAAUUGAUAUCCUACGACAUUUAAUUAAAUUAGUUCUGUUAGGUUCCAAAAAUUAACGUUUCUUUGACAUUCCCUAUUGAUCAAUGAUUUCCUUUGUGAUAAAUUUAUUUUAGAUUUAGUAUUCUUUUUUUUCUGGCAUUAAGGAAUGCGAUGAAUUUGCUGUGAGUAACCAAUCAUAUAAAAUGUUUAAUUUUGAAUUGUGAGUAAAAUUUAGUUAAAGAUGGUACAUUUGUAUAAAAACUAUAUUUUCAUGCACAUUGACAUUCCUUUAACCCUUAGAUGCAGAAUUUCAAGAAACAUAUUUUUCAUUUUUUUUUGUGUUUUAAUUUAGGCCAAAAUUAGUGAAAAAUAUAAUAGUCAGUAGCAUUUUAAUAAUUUAUAGUAACGAAAUAAACAUGAAACGCCAGCGUCUUUUUCUGCGUUAAAAAAAUCUUCCAAACACGGCUCGCUUCCAAAUAACAAUUUUUCAAAUUUGCACUUAUUUGCAGUCAUCUAGAUCUAAGAAAAACAGUUAUUCAUCAUUGAAAUUUCCUUAAUUUAUAAAAUCAAUUAUUGAUGAAUUUUUUAAUUUGAAAGAAAAAAAAAUUAUUUUCAAACUACUUCUUAUUUGGAUUUUAUAUUUUAGUAUAAAUAGAAUCUAAUAAUGUAACAGAUUUUUUCAGUAACUAUCAAACUGUCUUUUAUAAUUUAAAAAAUACCAAAAUAUAUUUUUGAUUGUAAAUAGAACAUCAGAAAAAAAUUAUAUGAAAGGGACAACGGUGACUCAUUUGCGUCAAAGGGUAAAGGAAUCAUUUGUUGCUGUAUUGGUCACUGUAAAAUAAUGAAUUCUACUUUAUAUUUAUACAUGUGAUAAGUGCCAACUUUUACCUAAAACCAAAACAUGCCUUAUGUACUUAUUUGUAAAUAAUAUGGAUAAAUAUAUACUUUUUUACUGA